AUAUAGUGAAUGCAGGGUCCGGGGAGAGCGGAUAUAGUGAAUGCAGGGUCCAGGGAGACCAGAUAUAGUGAAUGCAGGGUCCAGGGAGACUGGAUAUAGUGAAUGCGGGGUCUGGGGAGAUCAGAUAUAGUGAAUCCAGGGGUCCAGGGAGACCGGAUAUAGUGAAUGCAGGGUCCGGGGAGAUCAGAUAUAGUGAAUGCAGGGUCAUGGGAGAUCAGAUAUAGUGAAUGCAGGGUCUGGGGAGAUCAGAUAUAGUGAAUGCAGGGUCCGGGGAGACCAGAUAUAGUGAAUGCAGGGUCCGGGGAGACCA